CUCUCAUUUUGCGGUUCCUUUUGCGAGCUUUGUAUAAUGAUCCCCUUUGCGUUUGACUGACUCAUAAAUAACACGUUAUAACGAAGAUUAUUCUUGCUUGUUUAUCUUUGACGUGGAAACGGAGGGUUUUCCGUGGAAUUCCGGUGUGGUGUUUGAGCAGGCUAGAGAUCAGUGUGAGCGCGCGUCUGUGAGGAACAGCGGAGGCUCGAGCAGGACGGGAGUCAGUGGAACGACGGAACUGCUGCGUGUAUUCCAGUGGUUAGUAGCCUAAACUCGGUUUCUUACAGGCAACGCACUGUAAAAUACAGUCUAAAGGACGUAGGCUACAAGAUGUUUUCCACAUUUAAGUGUCAGAUCUUCCUCACACUCAUCUGUAUUGCAUUGUGUUACGAGCCCACCAAGGAGGACUUGAAGUGUUUUAAUGACUAUGAGACAGAAAUGAAAUGCAGUCUCUCCUCUGAGCGUCUCCAAAGCUGCUCUGGACACAAACUCAACAUCACACAUCCUGUAUUCAAUACGUUUGAAAAGUAUACAUGCAUCUUUGAGAGAAAUCAUUACAGUGACAAUUGUGAGUGCAACGUUACAGUGGAAGGGUUUGUUGCAACAGAGAUCUUCAAUACUACACUUCUGGAAGGAUCAAAUGUUUUAUUAUACAAAACAUUCAUGACUUCAGACUUCAUCAAACCUAAAAGUCCAGUCUUAUCAGUGCAGAAGACUGAAAAUGGAAACUUUAAUGUAACUUGGGAUGACCAGUAUGAAAAACAUGGUUUGGUAGCAGGAAAUUUUUUUGAAGGCUUGAGAAUAAAUCUGACCUAUGGCAUCAAAGGAGGACACAAAGAUAUAUCCAAGACAGUGCCGAACACUGUGAGAUCCUAUGAGAUUGUGGCCAAAAAUCUCCUGCCAAAUACCAACUACAUUCUGACAGCAACAAUGAGCACUGACUAUAAUGAUCAUAGUAUACCUAGUGACCAGAGCGCAACAGUUGAGUUCACCACCUCCUCAUCCCCAACUGAAAUAGCCAAAAUAAUUAUUCCAUCUCUCUGUGUUGGUUUAAUCGUCAUCAUUAGUAUUAUCUUCAUCUGCAUUUUGAGAAUGAAGACGAAUUGGUGGGACAAAGUCUCCAAGCCAAAAAUAGAUGGCAAUCUUGGAGAGGAGAAGGGUCAUAUUUUGCCUCCAUCUGUUACAAAGUUCUCUCCAAUCCAAGCAGAGAUUCCAACACUGGACCUUCAGGAGGAUAAGAAAUUGAUCUCAGCAUUAUCAGUAGAUACAUACAAUGAAAAAAGUUCCCACAGUGUUGAGUCAGCGCCUGUGGAUUAUGGCCAGGCUGGCCCUGAUAGCACCACCAACAUUGCAUUACGAGUUGUGGAUGCCUUGGAUAAGUUGUUUGAAUCGCAUCCAAUCCCAAACAACAGAUCACUGUUCCCCCCCAACAAUCCGGUUGCUAUGGGCAUGUCAUACAAGAGUGUUAACGGUAUCAGUUCCUCAAGAGAACACAACCGUGCAAACCGAGAUUCGGGCAAUUGCUCUGGCUCAUCUGUUUUCAGCAAUAAGUCAUAUUUGGAAUCAUCCACUGAUGAUUCUGUAUUCCUGGAUACAAGAGAUAUCCAGUUUAACGCUCCCACUAAUGAUACUCUGGAAAGCCCAUAUCAGGACUUCAGUCUUUUGGAAAAGGGAAAUGAUCCAGAUGUUUGUGUGAACCUUUCAAAAGGUGUUGGUGCUGAUGAGAAAUCCAUCAUGAAAAAUCUCAUCACCAGCACAAAUCCACUCUAUCCUCCUCUGAUUCUGGAUGAUGGCAAUGUCACACCAAGUGAUGAAGGAUAUCAGGCUUUUCAAGGCUUAACAAAGAGCACAGAAGGACAGUGGAGCACAAACAUCAGUAUUGAACAAGCCCUUAAUGCAUGUGGAGCUUUGAAAUUCCCACACAGCACCGGCCAAGAUCCCACAUCUGUGCAGCAAAGUUCUUUGCAUUUCUCAUCCGUUAUUCCAAUGGACAAUUCAUAUCAGUGUGUUUAACUGGGCUGUAAAAACAAAAGAUAAGUGCAUGCCCGAAACCUUUCAUUCUUUUUUGCCUGCAAUGUCUACAGUUACAAUGAAUUAUUAAUCUGAAAAUAUGACCAGUAAUAAGGACUAUGCGAACUUUGUUCAUUGUUUGUACAGACUUAAAGCCAAGGCCUUGAAUUUAGGUUUUGCUAGCUACUUCUGCAAUAUUAUGUUGAAAAAUGCCUCAAAAGGAUUCUCCACCCAUUACAAUGAUCUCAUUUUGUCCCAGAUGACUUUCGUUCUUCUGAGGAACACAAACACAGAUUUUUAGAAGAAUAAUCCAUCUCAGUGAGUCCAUAUAAUGCAAGUAUAUGUUAGUAAACGAUCAGAGAAUAUUCAUUUUUUUAGGUGGAGAAUCCCUUUAAAUGCUUGUUGAGAUCAUAUACAGUUACUAUUCUUGUUAUUCAUACGUAUUUAUAAUCUUUUAUUUUACACACAGUGCCAUAAGUGACACCAAGUCAAAUUUGCAAAGGCAAAUUUUAAAGGCAUGAUAACAAUACAGUUCUUAUUCGAUUUAAUAAUGCUGUGAAAACAAAUGAUGGGUUUUUUUACAUUUUAACUUUUGAUCUCUACAGUAUUACCAGUAAUAAGAAACUUUGUUUAAUAACUAAAUCCAGGAUCCACUCUUACAACAAUAAGGGGUUAUACAGUGACUUAAAUUCUCUUGGAAGUCAUGCAUUAUUUUUCUUGGCAUUGACAUUUUUAUUACAUUAUACGACAUUUGCUAAUGGCAUUAUUAGAGGGUCUAUACUUGCUGUCUCAGUCUGUGAAUAGAACUUGUAUUUUUCUAUAGGAUGUUGUUUCAACAAAAAAAAAGAUAUGUUUGUAUAUAUGAUACAUUUAAAUGUAGAUGACACUUUUCUUUAUUGUUUUGCUAUCGUCAACAACAAAAUGGUUUCCUCUUCAAAGACUCCACUCAGCACGUUCAGUUCAUAAACAGUUAUUGUCAGCCUGUGUACAGUUACUAUGCUGUCAAACAGAUAAUUGGUACGUGCAAGAAACAAUUUAUUAUUUUUGUAUGUAAUCAUUAUAUCAUUAUACACUUACACAAUGGCAUUCUAACAAAAAAGAAAGCACUUCUCAAAAAGAGCAAUGUAAAUGUACGCCCUUGUUUUUACCUUUCUAAAAUAAAACCUCAGAAUGUUGAAACAGAGUCUGCAA